AUGGAACAACUGACCUCGGCUCAGGUUGAGGAGUCCCCAGACACCUGCUUCUAUUUGCCGCACCACGCUGUCAUUAAACUGGACAGUCUGACUACCAAAUGUCGUGUAGUUUUUGAUGGAUCAGGAAAGGACAGCUCUGGAGUAUCGCUCAAUGACAGACUACAUAUUGGUCCACCGAUUCAACGCGAUCUUCUUGGCGUUUGUCUACGCUUCCGGCAGCACCAAUAUGUUUUAUGCGCAGAUGUCGAAAAGAUGUUUCGAGGCAUUAAAAUCUUUAAGCCACACACCAAUUUUCAGCGCAUUGUUUGGCGCAAGACUGAGAAUGAACCUCUGCUUCAUUUUCGCCUGCUGACGGUUACCUACGGAUUGGCACCGUCACCAUUUCUGGCUGUUCGAGUUCUAAAGCAACUUGCCGACGAUCAUGGCCAUGAAUACCCUGCAGCAGCUCACGCUCUUCUGCACGAUGCCUAUGUGGACGAUAUCCCUACAGGCGCCAAUACAUUCGAGGAGCUUAUGAUUCUCAAGGACGAGCUAUAA